GAUGCGAAGAGCGUGUGAGGAGAAGCGCCCGCAACAAGAAGAUACCAAAGAAGCUGCAGGACUACAUCAGGAAGUAACGGACAACCAUUUUUUUUUCACGAGGGGAUAUGUUAUAUAAGGCGUCGCUGCCUACCACAGCGCCUUGAGAAGGCGCGUGCUUGGAGCCGCCCAAGGGGGAGGAAAAAGAGGAUGGAAUAAAGGCAGAGAAUGAAUAAUGCCUCCAUUGCUGUCGUACUGAGUAAUAUGCACGAUAUAACACCCACGAAAGAACUUCUUGAUGGACAAGUUGAUUCAUUAUCUAUAAUAUUCAUAUCCGCGCAACGAAACAAAAUGCAGUCAAUAGAAUCGUCUCCGCGGGGCGCUCGUUUUGAUAAUUAUGAUGGUCCCAGAUACCGGUACAUAUGACCUAUGGGCGAAUGAGCAAAAAGCGGGCGGUAGAACAAUAAGAAAACAAGGGGGAAGGGGAUACAGUAGCAAUCGUAAGAAUAGGAAUAUCCUGCUUUCUUACCUUGUCAGUUUUCUUUUUUUUUUUGAGACAGUAGUAGUUGUAUUGUUAACUACCGUUCACAUUUUCACGUCUUACACUUCGCACGUUCGUCGCUUGUCAUUUUGAUGAUAAUUUAAUGGUGGCAAUUUUCGUAAACACUGGCCUUGAAAAGAAAUCAUAUGUCUGAGUCAGACAUCUUGCAUGCUUCAGAUCGUAGAGAUGUCUAACAAUUUACGUGUUCGUUAAGCUCGUUUUGCUCGUAUACGUUUUAUCGCACUUUUCCUCUAAUCCACCAUGACUUAUUCGAAUGUGUCGUCCUUAAUCAUUUAGCUGCCGUUUGUAAUACCACUCUGAAGCUGUGAAAACACCUGGGACAGCAUCUGAUGACACCGGCUGUUGACAAAGAAGAGUAAGACAGGUGACCAUGCCUGCUCAUGGACACAUGCCCACGAGCAGCAUGGGCCGCGAUCACCACAGGUCACGAUCACCCCGGGCCACGAUCACCACGAGCAGACAUAGACCAUCGGAACCAAGACGGAAGAUACGAUGAAGUUCGGCGCAGGUCGCGUCUGGCCGCGCCCGGCACGGACUUCAGCGGCGAUGAACUCCGGCGAAGUGGUCGAAGGUCCCGUCUGGUCGCGCCCGAUGCAGACUCCAGCGCCGUUUAAGCCUGGCGAGGCAGGAGAAGGUCCCGUCUGGCAGCACCCGAUGCAGUCUGCCGCGUCCAUGAAGUCCGGCAGAGCGGUUGAAAGUCUGGCCGCACGUCACCACGUCUGGCCGCACCGGAUGAGGACUCCAGCGUCGAUGCUCUCUGCGGGGAGCCGCGACGGUCGACCGGAGGAACAUCGACUCCCAGGGUCGGGACGACGGGGACAGCCGGAGAUAGUGGUCGACGAGCAGGAAUACUGGCGAAGGCGACAGGCUGAGGGUGAAGCGCAGGCAGCACCAGCUAUUGAUGGUAUCUUUCCUGCAUUUCGCCGGAACACCCUCAACCUGUCGCGCGCUUGCCUUACCUUCGCCGUCUUAGUUGUUGUUGUCAUCACCUGCUACAUCAUCGUCACACGGCUCAUCUUCCUCUCCAAGUGGUCUCCGAUGUCCCUGCUCAACAGCUUCUACGGGCCCUCCCUAACCAGUGCUACCCACGGGACCCGGCAGCCAGCCAUGUGGCGAUAGUCGCCGGAAUCAGGAGAGGCUGCCUCUUGCAGCUGCCCUAGGCAAUAUACGCAUGCGCUCCUCCUGUCUGCAAUGCUGCCGUUUAUUUCGGGAUGUCGGAAACACACAACCGGCGUAACUGGGCCAGUGUUUACAAGACUUGUCUUACGUAAGACGGUCUCCUCAUUUGGCUAAC